AUAAUAAUAUGGAAGUUGGAACGGAUUUCGUUGAAUUCGAAUUUAUCUAUACUUUUAUACUUUGUUAAAAUAGUUUUUUCAAAUAAUAUAUCUAUGAGUUAAUUAGACUGUGUAAAUAAUAAUGGGCAUAAAAGGCUUAUGGACAGUGUUAACGCCUUUUAGUGAAAAAAAGUCUUUACACGAAGUUCGCGGUGAAACUGUAGCUGUAGAUUUAUCGGGAUGGGUGUGUGAUAGUCAAAAUGUUACAGAUUAUUACAUACAACCAAAAUUGUACUUACGUAAUCUCUUUUUUAGAACUAUUUAUUUGCUACUUGCUGACAUAAGUCCGAUUUUCGUGCUCGAAGGAGAUGCCCCUGAGCUUAAACAAGAUGUGAUAGCCGCUAGAAAUGCUCUACAGUUUCGAGGAACAGCACCAAAGUCUGAUAAUGCAACAUCAAAACCUAAUAUAUCGAGGAAACGAUUUAAAGGUGUACUUAAUGAGUGUGAGAAACUUUUGAAAAGCAUGGGUGUAAGAUGUGUCAGAGGGCGAGGGGAGGCAGAAGCAACUUGUGCAAGACUAAAUGCUAAAGGUCUCGUAGACGCAGUGGUGUCUCAAGAUUCAGACUGUUUCGCGUACGGCGCUAAACGAGUGUAUCGUAACUUCAGCGUGUCGAGCUCGGCGGGAGGAGGCGCGAUGCAGGGUUCCGUUGAUUGCUAUGACGCUGAGAAAAUGUUCAACAGUAAUGGUUUUGGGCGUAAUAAAAUGGUAGCCCUGGCUCUGCUCUGCGGCUGUGAUUAUGGCGUUGGCGCGUGUGGAUCUUCAAUUACUACCGCUGUUAAUUUCCUUCACACUGUACCUGAAGAUCAAGUAAUACACAGGUCCAAAGUAGCGGAAGUGAAACGUGAACUAUCGCUUCGUAACCGGGCCCUGUCGUCCGGAAUGCCGUUCCCUGAGCCGAAAGUUAUGAAGGAAUUCUUGGAUACCACACCAGAAGAUAUAGAUCUCGACAGCUUGAAGAUUCCGACUCCGAGUUUAAUUCAAUUUGUGAAAAUUAUGUCAAAAAAAUUGGACUGGUCUGAAAGAUAUUGCGUUGAGAAAUUUCUUCCGUUGCUCACAAAGUGGCACCUCCAGGACUCUGUGCCUUGCAGAACUAUUCGACCCGUUCAAAUAAAGAAAAAGAGAAAUCCCCGAGGUGUUCCUAGUUAUGAAGUUUUGUGGGUGGAUAUUGACGGACAAUAUGAAGCUCUUAUUCCUGACGACCAGUUUGAAGAAGGCGAAGACAUACAAUGUCCGUGGACUUCAAUAGAAAGGCAAGACCUUAUGCAGCGUUAUUACCCGGAUUUAGUUGAAAAGUAUGAAGAAUCAAUCAAAAAACCUCCAAAGGAGAAAAAAUCGAAAGGAAGAAAAAAGAAAGAUCAAGAUCCUACUGGUGACCAACACGUUAAACCAAAGAGAAAAUAUAAUAGAAAAGCAAAGCAAAUAGCCGAUUUGUCAAUGUCUAAUCUUAAUGAAUCUUUUAAGAAUUUGAGCGUAAAUAACAAAGACUUAAAUUCUAGCAAAGCGCAUGUCAGCGUAUGCGUAAAUAAAUUAAAGAGAAAGUUAAAGAACAAUACCAAAACAAAAGCAAAAAAUACAAUAGAAAGUUACUUGAAACCAAUUAAGAGAAGAAAGUCGAAAUUAACAAAUACUUUGAAUUUAAGUGUCAAGACUUCGGUCGCGAAUAAUAAAUUAUCAAAUAAAGUAUAUGAAAAUCUAGAGGUUGACAAGGAGAAUCUGCAAUCAAACAUAAAACUCAGCCAGCUGUCUGAAGAUAAACAUUUUCUGAGUAUGCUCGAUUCGAGUGGGGAAGACAUCAAUGACAUCGAUUUAUCAGAUAUUGUCGAAACAAUUGUUUCUAGAGCACCGAAGGUUACAACCGCGAAAGUGAACAGUAACUUUGUCAAACUUAUUUUUGAAAAUAAGCAAUUAAAUAGAAAAUCUCUCCAUGCACAAAGAUUACAUCAAAAUAAUUGUUCGACGCCCAAGAGCAGUCCAGUACGAAAAAGUCUUUAUCGUGAUAUGACCGCAAGCAGACGCUCUUCUAUUUCAAAAGUAAAUACCAGCUACUUCUUUGAUAAAAUAACAGAUGAAUGCGAUGCUUUUGAAAUGUCAAUGGAAUAUAAAUACGAUAGAAAUGUGCAUUUGGAUUGUGAUAUGACUGUAAAUUAUAGUUUAUCUGAAGUUGUUUUGUAGCUUUUUUUCGUUAAUAAAGUCAAUUGAACCAUUUAUAUUUAAGUACGUGGGUA